AUGGAUAUAUUUAGGCAUACUUUUGGAAAUAAUGAUGAAUCCUUUAUUCGAAUCCCAGGAGCUUUUAGGGAAGAACCGCCUGCUGAUUUGGAUGGAAGAACAGAAGAUCAAAACAACAAUACAAACGAACCUGCACAGGACCGAGGUGGUCGCUCAAAAUCAGUACUUCAUUUUUUAUUCCAAGCUCCCUUGAUAGUUCUUUAUUAUUUAUUGAAUUUCAUCGUCCGGAGUUCACGUCUUUUGAAACCUCUACUAAGGCUUCACGGAUUCUAUCAAAGGAAGCAUAAUCGUUUACUAGAUCAUAGUUCCCAAUUACACCGUCUUCUGGAAAACCUAGAGAACGAAGCUCAAGCUGUAACAUGCUCUGAAGCUAACGGGAGCACUGACGAUGGUAGCAACAGCGAAAGUACGAGCAACAAUCAAAACAGUGGAGUUCAGUUUAGCUUUGGUUCUUUGUACAAUCCAGAAAAUGGAACAUUUUCCAAAAGCAUUAUGCAAAACAGUUAUACUGAAUUAUUGGAUGCUUGUAGCGCGCAAGUAAAAUUUGGGGUCAUUUAUUUACAUGAUCCGCUCUUAGAUAAUCAUAUGGACUACGUUAAUAAAAUAUUGUGUUCAGAAGCUUUUGUUAACAUGAUAAGGAAGUAUCAGGUGUUACUAUGGUAUGGUGACGUUACUACAUCCGAAGGGUUACAAGUUUCCAAUGCACUAAAAAUUAGGCAAUAUCCUCUACUUGGAAUAAUUUCUUUAAAGGCUGAGAAGAAAAUAGAAUUAAUUGCAAGAGUCGAAGGCUCUAUUUCUAACUAUACGACUCAAGAUUUGGAGACUAUAUUUUCCAAGAAUUAUCCUCGAUUAAUUCAACUGCGUCAGCAAAGGCAGAAUAUUGAAAUGCAAAGGUUAAUAAGGCAACAACAGGAUUCCAGAUACCAGGAUUCUUUAAGGCGUGAUCAACAAAGAGAUUCAGAAAGAUUGGAACAGACCCGAAGAGAUCAGAGGGAACUAGAGCACCAAAGAACAGAAAACCAAUGGCUAUUGUGGAGGAAAAGCCAGCUGAAACCUGAACCAUCCCCCGGAAAAGAUGCAAGCAAAGUUGCAAUCAGGUUAGAAAAUGGCCAGAGAUUAGUGAGAAAGUUCGAUGCGUCUUUGCCGACGGAAGAAAUAUAUGCAUUCAUAGAAUUACAGUUGCAUGGCUUGUUGAAUUCAGAAGACGAUGACCCACCCGUAGACCGACCUGCUAAUUACCAGCACCAAUAUGGUUUUAAAUUGAUCACACCAGUACCAAGAAGGGAAAUUGGUUUAUCCACUACAAUAUCUGACGUUAGUGGUAUAUACCCAUCAGGGAAUAUUGUAAUGGAACGCCUGGACGAGUGA